AUGAAGCUCAUCGUUUGCGCCGAUAAUGACUACAAAAAGCUCAUCCCUAUUCUCUAUAGUUAUUUCCGGAGCUCAUGUUCCUGGCGGGUGAGGACAGCAUUGGCACUGAAGGGCAUAGACUACGAGUACAAACCGGUCAGUUUGCUCGCAUCGGAACAGUUCACACCCGAGUUCCGGUCCCUAAACCCGUGCCUACAGGUGCCCGCACUCGUCAUCAAUGACAGCACUGUACUCGUCGAGUCCCUCGCCAUCAUUGAGUACAUCGACGAAGUGUACAAACAUAAGGGUCCGCCACUACUGCCCAAAGAUCCCAUUCUGAGGGCUAAGGCCCGCGCCAUCGCCGAGACCAUAGUCUCCGGUAUACAACCCCUACAG